AUGAUGAACCGCUCUGUUCUCCGCGCAGCUGCGCGCUCAAUCAAGGCUGGUCCUCCCUCCGUCGCAGGCCGUCGUUAUGCCUCCUCGGCUGUCUUCAACUGGGAAGAUCCCCUAGCCGCCGCGGAGCUAUUUACAGAAGAGGAACUCGCGAUCCAGGAUACAGCACGCCAGUACUGCCAGGACAAGCUGAUGCCGCGUGUAUUGGAGGCCUACCGCAACGAGGACUACGACCGCCGGAUCCUGGAAGAAAUGGGCGACCUAGGCCUUCUCGGUGCUUCAAUUGAAGGAUACGGUUGCGCCGGUGUCAGCACUGUGGCGUCCGGCCUGAUCACCAAAGAAGUCGAGCGAGUAGACUCGGGAUACCGAUCAGGCAUGUCCGUGCAGAGCUCACUCGCCAUGACUGGUAUCUACGAGUUCGGCACAGAAGAACAAAAGGAACGCUUCCUCCCCGGUCUAGCCAAGGGCACAACCUCUGGCUGCUUCGGGCUCACUGAGCCCAAUCACGGCUCGGACCCAGGCUCUAUGGAGACCGUGGCACGCGAGCACCCCACGCAGAAGGGCAUGUACCUGCUCUCUGGUAGCAAAACCUGGAUUACGAACUCCCCUAUCUCAGAUCUUGCGCUUGUAUGGGCGAAGCUCGAGUCGACGGGGAAGAUCCGUGGCUUUAUCGUUGAACGUUCGCGUGCGACACCGGGAUCUUAUGAGACCCCUGCUAUCAAGAAUAAGAGUGCUCUUCGAGCUUCUAUUACGGGUAUGAUCCAGAUGGAUGACUGCCCCGUGCCAGCGGAGAACAUGCUGCCUGAUGUGGAGGGUCUCAAAGGUCCAUUUACGUGUUUGAACAGUGCUCGGUUGGGCAUUGCAUUUGGUAGCAUGGGUGCGCUGGAGGACUGCAUUGCCCGGGCGCGUGAGUAUAGUCUGGAGCGCAAGCAGUUUAAGGGCAACCCGCUUGCCAAGUAUCAGCUGGUUCAGAAGAAGCUGGCGGAUGCUGCGACGGAUGCUGCUUACGGCACUUUGGCUGCAGUUCAGGUGGCUCGGCUUAAGGACGCUGGCAAGGCGACACCGGAGAUGAUCUCGAUGAUCAAGCGUCAAAACUGUGAUCGUGCGCUGCAUAAUUCUCGAGUUCUGCAAGAAGUGUUUGGUGGUAAUGCCGCCAGUGACGAAUACCACAUUGCCCGACAUGUUGCCAACCUGUUUGUGGUGCAGACUUAUGAAGGCCAGAGUGAUAUUCAUGCAUUGAUUCUGGGCCGUGCCAUCACGGGCGUGCAGGCCUUUGUCUAA